AUGUCCAACUCGUUCUUCGAGCGGGCCAACCCACCUCCUCGGCGGAAGACGUGCGUAGCUUGUACCAAAGCCAAGCGCCGAUGCGACCACGGCCAGCCCACAUGUCUGCGGUGCUCGAGGCGGAACAUCGCCUGCGUCUAUUCCGCUCCGCCAGCAAGCAGCAAAUCGAAGGUGACCACUGGAGAUCUUUCUCCGCAAACCCCGGAGGCGCGACAGCAGCUUGACUCAAGCAGCCCGACCCUGGAUCAUGCUCCCCUCGUCGAUGAUGGUGCUUGCUCCGGCACCUCUCUCAUUCCCUGGUCUCAGGAUCCGAAUUGUUUGCCUUUGGACAUGGGAGACCUGGGCGAUAUCAGUCUCGACCUAGCCUUUGACGAACUCAUAACACCCGAUGCCCUGCUUGAAGGACCCUUGACACUUUCGUCCCUCACGCCCAGGCCGGACCAGAUGCUCGUUCCAUCUCAGAAUCCCCCCGCCGGCUCGCUUGAGGAUGUGAUAGCCAGUCGUCUCCAGUAUGCUCUCGACGAGAUAAAAAAGGUCCCGACCUCUGUGGUGAUGGAGAACGAGGCCCCGUGGAGCCAUCCCUACCUCUAUCGAGCUCAAAUGCCCCGAGACAUGCAAGAUGCCCAAGCCUGUUGUGCUCUUUACGUAGCCAAGAACGCAAAAAACGUGCCAUUCGUGCUGCGUACCAUCCAGGCGAGAGCCCACGAGCUGCUCGCCUCACCGAUACCCCAUGAGCGUCUUGAGAUACUAGCCCGCCUCCAUGCCGUUCUUCUCUACCAAAUCAUCCGCCUCUUCGACGGCGAUAUCUCUAUGCGUGCUUCUGCCCAAAAUACCCUUUCCUCUCUCGAACAUACCAUUGUCGCCCUCCUGCCCUUUGUGAAGUGGGAGCGAGGACAGCCUGCAACGGGCCCAGCUCAAGACUUCUCCACAUGCCCGACCAAGGACUUUUGGCAGGAAUGGAUCUUUCAGGAAUCAGCCCGCCGAACCAUAUUUUUCACUUGUUUCUUCCUGGUCGCCUACAGUGUCCUGGUCGACACGCUGGCAAAUGGCUGUGAAGAAAAAUACGUGUUUUGCCAGUCGUGGACAAUGUCUGCUCACCUCUGGAAGGCGCCCAAUGUCGUCGACUUUGCCAUUGCCUGGAAGGAGAAGCAGCAUUUUGUCAUUACGAAACAGUGCUUCGAUGAAGCUCUGCGGGAUGCUGCUGCUGAUGACAUUGAUGAGUUUGGCAAGAUACUCAUGGUUGGCGCAUUGGGCAUUGAGGAUGCGAGGCUGUGGUUUUACAACAGAGGCGGUUCUUUGUGA